UACAAUUACAAUGGCUUCGAGGCUUUAUGGUCUUCAACUAAGCACAGUUUGAUAACAUCGGCUGCUCAAGCUGAUAGUGCUGACUGUGGAGGCUUUAUCAAAAAAAAUCACGGUCGACUAUCGAGUCCUGGCUAUCCAUCGUCGUAUUCACCAAACCACGACUGUACCUGGAUAAUCUCCGUCUCUAAAGGUCGAAUAAUUCAAUUCCACUUUGACGUUAUGGAUAUUGAUGAUCGUGACUACUGCAGGAAGGACUAUCUAGGAUUGCGGGACGGUGCUGAUAGAUGGUCACCCUCUCUUGGUAGAUAUUGUGGAAAUAGAAAGCCACGAAGACGCCAAUCCAAGACCUCAUCAAAUGCACUAAGAAUUCGUUUAAAAUCAGACUCCUCGGUGCAGGGACGAGGAUUUUCWAUGUGGUGGACAAGCUACUACAAAUUCAAAGCUUCAAAACCGGCAAGACGAGAUAUCUCAGGUAGAUUACCAUAGUAACUUGAC